UUUAUUCAUAGAGACAUGAUUGGUGAUAUAAAGAGAUCGAUGUAGUGAAGAUGAGUGGUGAAGGUAAGGAUCACGAAGAAGAAGAUGAAGCAAAACUUCCUGGAUUCAGGUUUCAUCCCACUGACGAAGAGCUUUUAGGGUAUUAUCUUCGAAGAAAAGUAGAGAACAAACCCAUCAAACUCGAACUUAUCAAACAGAUCGAUAUCUAUAAGUUCGAUCCUUGGGAUCUUCCAAGAGUAAGCAGCGUUGGGGAAAACGAGUGGUACUUCUUCUGCAUGAGAGGCAGGAAAUACAAGAAUAGCGUUAGACCAAACCGAGUCACCGGUUCAGGUUUCUGGAAAGCCACCGGUAUUGAUAAACCGGUUUACUCAAAUCUUGAUUGCAUUGGCCUAAAGAAGUCUCUAGUUUACUAUCUUGGUUCAGCCGGUAAGGGCUCUAAAACCAAUUGGAUGAUGCAUGAAUUUCGCCUCCCAUCUACCGCAAAAUCCGAGUCGCCAACUCAACAAGCAGAGGUGUGGACACUAUGCAGAAUCUUCAAACGAGUCACACAUCAUCGAAACCCAACCAUCCUACAACCAAACCGUAGACCGGUUAUCACCUUAACUGAUUCAUGUUCGAAGACGAGCAGCUUAGAUUCCGAUCACACUAGCCAUCACGUCGUAGAAUCCUUGUCCCACAAGCUACAUGAGCCGCAGCGUCAGCCACAGACGCAUAAUCCUUAUUGGAACCAACUUACUACGGUUGGUUUCAAUCAACCGACAUAUACUUGCCAUGAUAACAACUUGGUUAAUCUCUGGAACAUCAACGGUGAAGAUUUCAUCGGAAACGCAGCAAGUUGGGAUGAACUUAGAUCAGUUAUAGAUGGAAAUACUAAUCACUUGUAAUAACUUUUCUAUCUCCUAGUGUGGGAGAUGUGUUUCAUGUUGAUUUUGUUCUCAUUCAGAACCAACUCGGAUCCUGUUUUUUUUUCUUCAUGUUCGAUACUACUGAUAUUAUAUACAUAUCAAUAGCCAUGUUGUUCAAUAA